AUUCCAAAAUGACGUAUUGAUGCGUUAUCUGGAAAUUUCGCCUAUCAUUUCUAUAGAUAUUAAAUAAGGAUGAAUUAUAUUAUAUGGCACAGUUAUCCCUAAAGUUUUGUGAAGACUGUAAAGAAACUUCAAAUAUACUAUCGUCUAAGAUGAUUAGGAAGGUGAAAAAUACUAUACUCAGUGUGGAGCAAGCGGAAGGUGUUGGAGCCAGAGUUCGGCGGAGCGUUGGUGGAGCUCAGCUAAGAAACCUAGACCCAUUCUUGCUUCUCGAUGAAUUUCGUGUGAAACCUCCUGCUGGUUUCCCCGAGCAUCCACAUAGAGGGUUUGAAACCGUUACAUACAUGCUCAAUGGAAAGUUUACUCAUGAAGAUUUUUGUGGACACAAGGGCACUAUUGGACCAGGUGAUCUACAAUGGAUGACGGCUGGCAGGGGUAUUGUCCACUCUGAAAUGCCAGCAAAAGAUACGGAUGAAGGACAUGGAUUACAACUCUGGAUAAAUUUACGAAGCACUGAAAAAAUGUGUGAACCAGCCUAUCAGGAGCUUGUUGCUGGUGACAUUCCAAAGCCAUCGAAAAACGGAGUUACUGUUGCUGUCAUUUCUGGAGAAUCUCUAGGUGCGAAAUCGAAAGUUUAUACGAGAACUCCAACAAUGUAUUUGGACUUCAAACUGGAAAGUGGGGCGAAAAUUGAACAACCUGUACCCAAAGGUUGGACGGCCUUCGUUUACACUCUUUCAGGAGAUUUGAGUAUCUCUGGAACGGAGGUUGCGUCUCAUCACACUGCUAUUCUUGAUGAUGGGGAGUUUGUUGCGUUAGAAAAUUUGGAAAAAGAGCUUUCACAUUUUGUUCUAGUUGCAGGACAACCAAUCAAUGAGCCGAUUGUACAGCAGGGUCCUUUUGUAAUGAAUACGAGAGAGCAAAUUAGCCAAGCAAUUAACGAUUUCCAUAAUGGUCAAAAUGGCUUUGAGAAGGCUGCUUCCUGGAAAAGAUCAUGAAACGUUGAUUUAAUAACUCAUAUUCUAAUACACAGAACGAAAAUAUAUAAAUUCAUUUGUACUACUCAUUUACUGCCUUCAAUACAGCAAAAUAAACUUCACAGACCUACCGGUAAUCUAAUUGGCCAGGCAUGCGGCAAUUUUUUAUUGUUUCAAGAAUAUAUCAUAUAAUUGAAUUCUAUAUUGAAUAUUGUUAUAGAUGCUCAGUUCAAUGACACAAUCAGAUGAGUGGAAUUUCACAUCACAAUGUAACGUUUUUCAUCUGCCAAGCAAAAAUUGGUUGUCAUGUCCAUAACAUAGUUGCUUUUCUAUGUCAAUAAAAAUGAUGGAGCUGAAAAUUUAAUUCUCUCAUUAGGAAUUAGGAUCCCUCAUUUUUUUGUAAAUCCUAAAUAUAUGCAUGCUCAUGUCUCUGGGUGAAUAGAAUUAUUUAGACAAUAUUACACAUUUGCACUUAAAUUUAUAUAGUCUCAAAUUCAGAUUCAGACUAUGCUUAUAUUGUUUUAUAUACAAAUUGAUUUUAGAAAUGUUUUCAAGUAAAUAAUUCCAGUUCUAUUUUUUGUAUUCUGAAAUUGUUAACCUAUCAUUUUUAUACGGUAUUAGUCGUCUUAACGUAGUUUUUGUAAUGAGACUAUGUUUUGGAUUUUGUCCUAGCCUUCUGGAUUAAUGAUCUUUGGUUCAAGUUUUCUUGUGGUGAGAUCCUCUUACCCCACUCAGGGUGCAAUAAAUUAUCCAAAAUAAAUAAAUAUUGUUGUGUGUUCAUACUCGUUGAGCAGAUUAUGCUGGCAGUCAACGUUUGUGUCUGUUUGUGUAAAUAACUUCUUGAUAUCAGUGAUUUCACAUGCAGAUUUUUUAUACAUUAAGCUAAUUCUUGCAUAUAUUUACUACUUAAAAAUUUUUAUUUAUCUUAAG